AUGCCAAAGAGGUCUGUGGCCCUAGACGUUUUUCAGAAAUGUGAAUACAUUGCCCCCGGCCAGAUGGGUAUAAUCCGAAACCCCAUGCUAAAAAAUGAGGUAUUACAGCGACCACAAUUGGGAAAACCGCUGUUGCGAGGGAGACCGAAACAGCCUGAGUGUUUCGUCUAUGGUAUGAAGAGCGAACAUGACCCAGAGGCACUCCUCCGCUGUUUGCGCUGGCCUAUUCCGAAGAGGCGAGCACGCUCAGACUUUCCGCGUGAUUUUCUGCGAACAAACAUCGAAAGUGCCAAGGCAGGUAUACACCCAGUUCCCGAUUGGGAGGCAUUUGCGGACAAAAAGGAUUUUAGGCUAGACACGACAAAACAGGCCCUGGGCAGAAACAAAAAGCCUCGUUUUCCGAAAAAUAUGACAUUUGGUCACCCAAUACGUCCGCAUACACCCAUUAAAUGUGUUUUGGAGCAUAAAUACAAGACGGAGUUCGAUGAGGCAGCGAUCGCGUGA